GUCAGUUUUGCUGCAGCGUCGUGACGUUCCCGGAAGUGUCCCGAUCAGCGGCUGCAGCUAGCAGCGGCGGCUAACAGCUUUAACAGCAGCAACCUGAAGCUCCAAACAGACAGACAGACAGACAGAGAGACAGACAGGCAGACAGACAGACAGUGUGUGUCUGUGGAUGGAAGUGUGCGGUCCAGCGAUGGGACCGGAGCGAGUCUUACCGAACUCUGAGGACGAGCUGGGGGAGGACGAGCGCCCGGCGGACGACGCGCUGCUUCCUGUGUGGAGCGGGGGGGAGGGAGGGGGAGAGGAGGGGGGGGAGAUGGAGCUGGACGGAGAGGAGGAAGAGGAAGAAGAGGAAGAGGAGGAGGUGAACAACGGAGGAUAUUAUUACCAGCCACUGAACCAGGAGCCUGAGGGGGGGAACAGCAGUGGGGGGGGCCCUCCGGGGGGGGAGGAGGGGGAGGAGGGGGAGGACGCACCCCCCCCCUCUGUCACGGAGCAGCUGCAGCAGGUGCAGCACAGGAUAGAGGUGAUGGGUCUCCACCUCCCUGAAGCUCCACCUCCAGACACUGAUGAAGAAGAAGACGCUGUGGCGGCUGUGAGGAGCCGAGCCUCCAUCCCCAUGGACGCAGACCACGUGGAGCUGGUGAAGAGGACGAUGGCGGCCGUGGCGUUGCCGUCUCUGGGCGUGCCGCCGUGGGCGCAGGAGAUCUCUGACGACCAGUGGAAGGACCUGGUCCAGACCACGCUGGAGACCCGGCAGAGUGCAGCCGCGCUGCGCCUGCCUCGCCGCGGCAACACCACCGGGCCCUGAACGCACCACCGGGCCCUGGACGCACCACCGGACCCUGAACGCACCGCAGCAGCUUCAACAACCCACUCUGAGACUUUUUGUUUGUGAUCGUUGUUUUCAUCCCUCAUUUCUGACGCUCCUCUCAGCGUUUGUUGUAGGUUUUUUAGGCUGUCUACGGUAGCUAACACACGGACUAUAAAUAAGUAACUCAUACCCCCCCCCCCCCUCGUCAAAACGUCAAAAAAAGAUUCAAAGAAGAAACU